AUGCCUGGUGUACAACAUCUUAUCGACUUCGUGCUGAACGAAGUCGCACUCUGCGGCAAUCAAGGCGCAACCUUAUCCGAUCUACUCCAAGCUAUUGAUGAUUACCAUACCCAGUCUCGCGAAACGACUGAAAUAACCCAAAAAAUUGAUCAUCGUUUCAAAGAGAAGGUCUGGUCCUGGCUCACGGCUAACCCUGAGGUGUCCAUCGGCCAGCACAAUGAGUGGAACCAUCUCACCUUAGAUGAAGCCGAGCAGCUUGCCUCACAAAAAAUCGAGAGUCAUGACGACAAUGAUCCCGAAGGCACUCAAGCUGGAGAUCAGAACUCUGCCCUACCGCCGCUUCGAAUCUAUGUCUCAGAAGAGAGAACCUGGGUCGCCAUCACUGGCCAUCCACCAGACGAGUCCAAGGUACUACCACUUGAAUUUGUCUUAUUGUCGGUGAUCGCUUCACGCAAAUCAAAGGGUAUCGUGCAGCCAGACCUGGUGAAGAUCAGUGGCCAGGACAAACGGUCUGUUCCGAAGCGUACCGAUGCUUUACAAAGAAAGGGCUACAUCGACAAGCGACCUGUUCAAACCAAAACGGCUCGAACUAGUCUCUGCACACUGCAGCGAUUCUACCGCCAAACUACAAGUGUUCAAACGAAAGAAGAAGAACCACAAUCGAAGAACAUGAUUGAUUUCGACAGCUUCAACAAAAGCCUAUUCGAUAUUCUCCGGGAGCACCAGUUGAUUGCACGCAAUGAUUUGAAACGACUUCUGGGAUUUGAUGACCACUGGCGUUGGAAAGUCUUGUCCCGUGCGCUCCGCAAGUGGGAGCGGAUAGGUGUGGUGCAACGUGUGAGAGCCGAAUCACAAUACGAAAGAAUGCAUCCGUGUGUCAAGCUCCUACGAGAUCCCACAAAGCAAGAUCUGGAUCUUUUCCAUGAGUUUAAUUUCGAUGUUUUGAACAAGCAUGGGGUACGAGCCAAAGGAACCAAAUUUACCCCGGACCAAGACCAAGACAUGGAGUUGGAGAGCCUGAGCAAAAUGCCGCUUAGUCCAGAGCAUGGUGGAGUGGACCAGAUUAAAGAGAAUGCUGGGGAUGCUGUACGCAUUGUACCCUCUUGGACUCCGGAUCGUAAUAUCUACAACCAGAUCUUUGACAUUGUUGAAAGAGCAGGCACAACAGGCAUCACCAACCAGACCCUCAACUGGACCUGCUUUGGGUCUUUUUACAAGAGACCUGCUGAAAGUAUGGUGCAUCGCUUGGUCGACCUUUGGCAAGUGGCCCAGCCACUACAUCUCCGCCAUUACGCCAUCGUUCGAGAUAUGGCAAUGAAGAAGACCAUCAUGUUUUAUGUCCAUUAUUCGGCAAACAACUUCGCAAAACUCGUUGAAGCUGGCCAGGCAUCAUGGGAGGCCGUUGAAAUUCCAGUCAAGAAAGCCAAAUCGCUAAAAAUCGAGGCUCCGCCUUUUGGUGCUCUUCCCCAACUUGAUGAGCACGGAUUCCCCAAAAAGGCAUUUCCAAAGAAUAUGUUGAAGGAUCCAUAUUCAACUCUACUCGACGGGGUUAUGGCUGUCAAACCGCCCAACUAUCUCCUUUCUUCGAGCGACCCGUUUGUUGUUGAACUACCAAGCGGUCAACAUGUGAUCCGUACACGUACUGAUAGACUACCGCCUGGCUCCAAGCAGCAAUAUGAGCCCCGUUUCCGGCCCAAGGGACGACCGAAAGGCCGGCUGAACCGUGCAACCGUGGAAAAGCUUGCCAGAGAAGCCAAAUCCAAAGAACCCAAGGCCAAAGCAUCUAAGCCCAAAGAAGCUGGAGCCGAGGAGACCGAAGCUAAAGAAUUUGGAUCCAGAGACGAAGCUAGCGAAUCUGAAGUCAGAGAGUCUCAAGUCCUGGAAUCCGCAAUUGAACUCAAGCUGGAGCCGAGCCAGGGUUACGGCUGGGAAUAUGUCGAGGACAUCCCACGAGCCAAAAGAGCUAAAAUUAAGCACGACAGCCUCAGGGGAUUAUCAAAGCAGGAGAAGUUUGAAGCACUUGGCAUGGAUGAGACUUGGACGGAAUACAAAGCUCUUGUCAUGGAUAAACCUGCUCCUGGUGUGUAUGUGACUCCCCACGGCCGAAGAAGACCGGCUGGCAAGGCCCGAGGUCGCCCGAGACAGAGUCGAAUUGCGAUCUUCAAAUCACCAAAGCUAGCAUCAAUGUCUUGGUUUGUCAAGGACUUAGAUGACUCGAGUGAUGAUGACAAGGCAGAUGAUGCUGCUACUACCACUCGGGCAUCAGAGAGCCUUGCUCCCGAAGCUGCACGUUCAAUGAUCAACUCCGAGGAGCCCGUCAUGACUCCCACCCCAAAGACCUCGACGGGAGCCAAGAGAACUCUGCCUGAUCAGCUAGCGGACUCGCCCAUACUUUCUAAACGACCUCGUAUUCGCACAGGCCGGAAUGGAAGCAGUGAAAGCCCCUUGAAGGAUGCCAAUGCGGCAUUGCCCGAAGAUGUAGUUCCAGCACCCCAAGAGGGUUCAAUCAAAGCGAGUACACCGCGCCAUCGUGACAAGAGUGCCAGCGUUCACCUAUACGAAGAGGAGCAAGCCGGGACUCCAUCAAAACGACGCCGCGUAGCACCCUCCGACCGCAGCGAUAACAACCAGACUCUACAAUCUCCGACACCCCGUCCAUCCGCUGUUCCGACACCGCGAUCAGGCUCACUGGUCCCCCAGAAAUUUAAUUUUGGCACCAAGCCUGCAAAAAAGCCACGUGUUCGGAACAGAAUCAACAUCAGAACCAUGAAAAUUCCAGGGGAGGAAGAAUCGGGAUCCUCAAAGUUCUCGACUGCGAGAGGUGGAUCUAUCAGUGUCCUUCGAAGAAAGCUCAUCAUGGAAAUCAUGGAAAAAGCCAAUGGUGUAUACCCCGCGGGCACUGCAAUGUGGUAUCCAUUUGUCACUGCAUGGAUGAAGUUCCAUCCCAAUGAAAAACCAGACAUGCGGACUAUCAAUACUGCAUGCAAGCAACUAAUUGAUGCUGGCCAGCUCCGGCAGUUGACUUUCAGCGGCAGGGACACAAGAAAAGUGAUGGUGACGAGGACAUUGUUGUUGAAGCCUGAAAUGUCACCAGACGAUCCGCUGGUGAAAGAGAUGCAGAGCAAGAUCUUGGCUACUGAUUUCCACGAGUCUCGGCCCUUCUUUGCGGUCAAUGUCGAAAUGGAUCCGAAUCUGACAAGAAAUAGUGUUCGACCACACGGUGCACCUGCCCGUGCACAGAGAUUCUCUUUCCCCGUCGAACAAGGGACCCAGGUUCACUUACAACAGAAACCUAUCUCUAUUGUGAACUUGGAGGCAAGAAGAAGGAGACAGGCACAGGCGAAUUUCAUCAAACGCCUGGAAGCCCAAGCAGCUAAGGCUGCCAAGGUUGCUGAAGAAAUGGAUAAAUUGCCUGACGUUCCUGGAGUUCAGCGACUCAUGACACUUGCACGCCCUCCUGAAUUGGAUCUUGAUGCUCAUCCGAACACAUCAAUCAUUCGUCCAUAUGUUCGAACAGGUACACGUGGUCCUGGAAAGCAAAAGCUCAUCAUACAUCCCAAACGCGUGAUGAAACCAAUCUCCGCCAUCGGAGCGUAUGCCAUGUUGAUGAAUCCAGUGCAGCAAUUUGAUCCAUCUACGGGGACUUUCUCCACAGGGUCGUGCUCAGCCAAACGCAGAAGGGGUAGGCCCGUGACAGAAAGACAACCGGCCGUGAACAUUGAGAAAUCCGUCAAUGAGUUAUCUAGACUAGCCCAUGACGAACCAGAGCUGCCAGAAAUGCCUAUGGCUGUCAAAUCCAAAGUUUUACGCUCGAGAUUCGAUCAAAAGACCAAGAAGAUCCUCGAAUGGGAGCUUCAUCACUCAAAUCUCUUUGAAGCGAACCUUGAAGGCCAGCAGUUCAUCGACCAAACCGUUCAGGAUGGUUUCGACCCAGCGCCGAUCAAUGGCGAUAUUCGCUUUGAUAUUGACAUGCCCCCUCCUCCGAAACAGCCUGAAGUGGAACCGGAUUUGCCAGUCCGGCGUAGCGAUGUCCGUCGUCAGCGCCAGUCUCUACUUCAGCCUCCUGUAAUAACCACACCGAAAGAGGAGACACCCAAACGCGCACCAAAACCAAGACGGACACGAGCCCCGCGUGCUCCUCCAACAGACCGCCGUCUGGCUAAGCUCGAUGAUACUGCAACACCUGACAAAGAAACACAGUCCGCGACGCCAGCGACCUCCAAACGCAUUCGCCGACAGCGGUUCGUGCGCCCGCUCUCCGAGGAUCUCAAACAAAAGCUGGCGGUUGCUCUCGUCGUCGUUCGUGUGCUUGCAGGCGGAGCAGAAUCAAGAGUGAUCGAUUGGAAUCUUUUGACGAAAGCCUUCCCAAAUGAAGACCCGUCUUUUAUCGAAGCGCGAGCGCGUCAGACACUUAACAAGAAUCGCUUGCAGAUUACAAAGAUGCAUCGUGAUUUCCAGGAGUGCUUCCUUGAAGCCUACGAAAAGGAUGAAGUCCCACGUAUUGACUAUUCCGAUUUGGACAACUAUGAUUGGCCUGCCCUGGUUGAAUGGGCAAGCACUCGGCUACAUAUGUCUCCAUCCGAACGGGCUCCAGAUCUUCCAGCAACACGGGAGCAAUUCGAGAGUGUUUUCGAUUUACGCGAGGAUGCUCUUACGGCAGGCGAUGAAUUGUACCAAGCUGUGCACGGUGUCACUAUCAACCACAAACGCAACUUGAUGGCACGCAAUCCAUUUGCUGUACCUGUCGAGGAUGAAUCACGCAUCCAGUCGGAUCCACGAAAAGCUCAUGCUGAACAACUUGAGACUGCGAAGACUUGGGUCCGUGCAAAUAUCAUCACCGCAGAAGAAACCUAUCGACCCAAUGAGUCGAGUGAUAUCCUGCAACGCUUUGGUGAUCGACUCAUCACCACCGCGACGCAGACACUGAUCAACGAUCGUGUUAUCAGCUCAACAACCCGUGGCCGCGUCAAUCCAGGACGUAAUUACGAUAUCUCAGAAUAUUUCCUGCAGACACUGAGCCGCAAACGUGCCGUCGAAAGCUCCCAGCUGCGCCGUGCGGCUCAUUUCAAAUCAAACACGCUAGAUCUCCAAUUCCGGACCACCGGUGCUUUCGAUAUCGAGUAUGCUGCAGAAGACGGCGAUAUCCUCGCAUUGAUCAAUCUCUACGCUUCGGGCGCCAUUCAAAUGCGACCUCGUGAUGCCCCUCGCGCCAAGUUCGGUCUCACCGAUGGCGGAUACGAAACUCGACAGAUGGACAAGAAACAUUUCCGGUUCCCCGUCGAGGUUACUCCCACCGCAAAAUACCGCUACGGUAAUCCGGUCCAUAACAAAGCUGCAGCUGUGAUCCUUCCACCCGCACCCUCAUCCGCAGGCACGGGAAUUCCACCAAAGAAUCCCCUUUGGUACGAUAUCAAUGGAGAGUUCGUGCGCCGUCUCUGGGAUUUGGUAAUUGGCCCCGUCCUCGGGUGCCUGACAACACGCCCUGGUAUCAAGGCCGUCAGCAUUUCUAACAUGAUCAAACCCACCAUGGGCACAUGGGAAACCGUGCUGAUGCUGCAAUGGCUGGAGGAAGUUGGCAUUGUCAAGGCUGACGGCGAGGGAGAGAUGGCCUGCUGGAGUUUACAGGAGUCUUGGUGGAUGAUUCUAUCUUGA